CAAUAAGUGAAACUUGAUAAGAACUCCCAAAAACACCAGAAACAAAAGCAGUCAGCAUACCAAACUGAAGAUUUUGGCUCAUUGAAGCAGGCCUUGUUGCCACACACACACACACACCCUUGUAUUCUUCCCUUCACAAGAAAUCAUGUAAUUUCAUAAUUGGACAAUCCAACAAUAUAUAUACAACCCUUUUCCCCACUUUGAUUAAUUCACUCACACUUCCUUCCACCAAAACAGCCUUCUGCUUCCCCUCAAACUCAAACUAGCAGAAGCAGCAGAGAAAGACAUCAAGAACAUCAACGAUGGCUUCCCCUGCAAUAAUCACCGCUGUAAGAAGAGCAAUUUUGCUUCUUGCCCUGCUGGUUUUUCUUGGUAAUAUCAUGAUGUGGAUCAUGAUGCCAACUGACACAUAUUACAAUGACUGGUUGCUCCAUAUCCUGGCUCAUACAAACUCAACUUUCUUUGGUAUACAAGGUCCAAUAAUGCUGGAUUUCACAUUUCCCAUUCUGCUCAUUGCUGUUCUGGGAUGUAUAUAUCUUCAUUUGGGGAAGAGAAAAUCUAGCAUCACAGAAAGCAAAAGGGACACAAAACUGAGGUUCUUGAAACGGCCGAUGAUCGUUAGGGGGCUCGGAAUUGUUACCGUGACAGAGCUAGCACUGUUCACCAUGUUCAUUGCUCUGUGUGUUUGGUAUUCUGCAGAUUAUGUGCGGCAUUGGUUCAAGCAAGUUCCUGUGCUCUCAACCACAAGAGGUGAAAAAGAGUGGGAAAGCAAGCUGGAUAGAGUGGGUUUAGUGGCAGGGAUAGCAGGGAACUUGUGCUUAACAUUUCUCUUCUAUCCAGUGAGUAGAGGAUCAUCCAUUCUGCCUAUGUUGGGGCUAACAUCUGAGGGCAGCAUCAAGUACCACAUUUGGCUUGGAAAUAUAGCCAUGGCCCUCUUUACUGCUCAUGGCUUUCUUUACUUUGUCUAUUGGGGCUUCACUAAUAGAUUAUCAGAGAUGCUGAAAUGGGAUGAUCACUACGUAUCAAAUGUAGCUGGGGAGAUAUCUUUGGUAUGUGGAAUGGCGAUGUGGGUGACAACUUACCCUACCAUAAGAAGGAAAAUGUUUGAGCUCUUUCUCUACACUCACUACCUCUACAUUCUCUUCAUCAUUUUCUUCAUAUUGCAUACUGGCAUUGGCUUUGCCUGCAUCAUGCUCCCUGGUCUUUAUCUCUUUGUCAUCGAUCGAUACUUGAGGUUCUUACAGUCGAGACAGAAAGUCCGAUUACUUUCAGCUCGUGUCCUCCCAUGCCAGACUAUCGAGCUCAAUUUCUCCAAGAGUCGAGGUCUGAGUUACAAACCAACAAGUACCAUCUUUAUAAAUGUGCCCAGCAUUUCCAAGCUGCAGUGGCAUCCUUUCACUAUAACUUCAAACAGUAACUUAGAACCAGAGACACUUAGUGUCAUUAUCAAAUGUGAGGGCAGUUGGACUAGGAAGCUGUACGACGUGAUCUCAUCCCCAUCCCCCAUCGAUCAUCUUCAGGUAUCAGUGGAAGGACCAUAUGGACCUGCCACAACAAAUUUUCUCAGGCAUGAUAUGCUGGUGAUGAUUAGUGGUGGGAGUGGCAUCACCCCUUUCAUUUCUAUCAUAAGAGAGCUUAUCUUUAUCAGGUCAACCCUAAAAUGCAAGACUCCAAAGAUCAAACUCAUAAGUGUAUUCAAGAACUUUUCAAAUCUUUCCAUAUUAGACCUCAUCCUCCCAACUUCGAGCUAUUCCUCAAAUUCUGGCAACUUGGACUUACAAAUUGAGGCCUAUGUGACAAGAGAAAAAGGGAAUCUAAAAGGCAAGUUCGAACCCUCUCGGACCAUAUGUUUCAAGCCAAAUGCAUCUGAUGAACCUAUAUCUCCGGCAUUAGGCCCCAACAGUUGGCUCUGGCUUGGUGCAAUAAUCUCAUCAUCUUUCACCAUCUUCCUAGUUCUCUUAGGACUUUUCACUCAGUAUAUUGUUUACCCUAUCGAUCAAAACACCAAUAAGCUGUAUUCCUACACCAAGAAGGCUUCAGUAAACAUGUUGAUCAUAUGCUUCUCCAUAGUGAUAGCAGCUAGUGGCGCGUUUCUGUGGAACAAGAAGCAGAGUGCCAAAGAAGCUAAGCAACUUCAACAUGCGGAGGAAUCAACAACCAUAAAAUCAUCAGAGGAUAUAGAAUUGGAAAGCCUUCCUCUAGAAUCAGUUACUAAAUCUAUCAAUGUGCACUAUGGUCAUAGGCCAAACCUCAAAAGAAUCCUUAUGGAGAUCAAAGAAUCAAAUGUUGGAGCCCUUGUUGGCGGUCCCAAAGAGAUGAGGGAGGAUGUUGCAGCCAUAUGCUCAAGUGGGCAGGCAGAAAAUCUCCAUUUUGAAUCCAUCAGCUUCACUUGGUGAUGUGCUCUUGCGGAAAAAUGGAUAAGUGAAAAUGCAGACCAACUAGUAGCAUACUACAUGAUGCACUUGGAUGUUCUCGUGUAUCUUGCACUUGGAAGAAUGGCUAUAUAAUACUCAAGCAAUUAUUGGAUCUGAUUACCAGAGUGUUACCAUUGUGUUCGUGGUUCAUGUUUUCAAUAAAGAACUAAUACAGUAAAUACUAUGCAAUCUUUUGUUUAA